CUGCAGGUUCAUGCUGGCUCUGGAGCACCCUGUGGUGCUGAUUUCCUCCUGGCCACGCAGCAUGAUCCACGGGACGCAGGCAUCAGAAGAGGGGCGCUGAGGCUGGGACCCAGGUGCCUUGUCUGGCCCAUCACAGGCCUGUUACAGAGACUGACAGUGGUCACAGCCCCUGGGCAGGAGGCACUUGCUGUCCCAUGUGUCGUCUCAGUGUGGCAGACUGGGCAGCCGUUCACCCCUCCUGCACUGGGAUGGUCACAAGACCCAUUAGUCCAAGUGACUCAGCCUGACGCUGGGAGAAGCCGGUGGCCAAGGCAGAUGCUGAGUGAGGUCAUGUAGAAGAGCAGAUUUCGUAUGAAGAUGGGAUUGUUGGUGUUUAUGCGUAACCUGCUGCUAGCCCUUUGUCUCUUUCUGGUACUUGGAUUUCUUUAUUACUCUGCAUGGAAGCUGCACCUUCUCAGAUGGGAGGACACAAAUUCAGUGGGUCUUUCCUUUGACUCCGUUGGACGUACAGUAGGCUCAGGAAGAGGAGAGAGAAAAACUGAGACUUUUGUUCUUCUGUCGUCCAUCCCAUCACACCUUGCUGCGAACCCAGGAACUGGCAGUGCCCAGAAAGAACCUAUAGCUGCACCAGGCCCAGCCAUUCUGAAAUAUGACAAACUGGGCUUUCUUCUGAAACUGGACUCAAAACUGCCUCCAGAACUAGCAUCAAAGUAUGCAAAUUUCUCUGAGGGAGUUUGCAAACCUGGGUAUGCAUCAGCGCUCAUGACUUCCAUCUUCCCAAAGUUCUCCAAGCCAGCACCAAUGUUCUUGGAUGAUUCCUUCAAAAAGUGGGCACGGAUCAGGGACUUUAUGCCUCCCUUUGGAAUUAAAGGACAAGAUAAUCUGAUAAAAGCCAUCCUGUCAGCAACCAAAGAGUAUCGCCUCACUCCAGCCCUUGACAGUCUCAGCUGCCGGCGAUGUAUCAUUGUGGGAAAUGGAGGAGUGCUUGCAAAUAAGUCAUUGGGGUUGAAAAUUGAUGACUACAAUGUUGUCAUCAGGCUGAACUCUGCUCCAGUGAAGGGCUUUGAGAAGGAUGUGGGUGGCAAGACAACGCUGCGGAUCACGUACCCUGAAGGGGCCAUCCAGAAACUGGAGCAGUAUGAGAAGGACUCCUUCUUUGUUCUGGCCGGAUUCAAGUGGCAGGAUUUCAAGUGGCUCAAAUACAUUGUUUACAAGGAGAAAGUGAGUGCAUCUGAUGGAUUUUGGAAGUCAGUGGCUACCCGUGUCCCAAGAGAACCUCAUGAGAUCCGCAUCCUGAAUCCGUACUUCAUCCAGGAGGCAGCUUUCAGCUUCAUUGGCCUGCCUUUCAACAACGGCCUGAUGGGCAGAGGGAACAUCCCCACCUUGGGAAGUGUCGCCAUCACCAUGGCACUGCACAACUGUGAUGAGGUAGCAGUAGCUGGAUUUGGCUAUGACAUGAAUUCACCAAAUGCACCACUACAUUACUACGAGAGCAUCAAGAUGUCUGCCAUAAAGGAGUCCUGGACGCACAACAUCCAGCGAGAGAAGGAGUUCCUGCGGAAGCUGGUGAAAGCCCGAGUCAUCACCGACCUCACCAGUGGAAUCUGAGUUGUCCCAGAUCCCGCGUCGGAGGGAGGCGAGGGACGCACGCUACAGCCAAGGGAGCAGGCAGUGGGAGAGCCACACAGGAAUCCCAACUCAAAGGAAACACAAGAAAUGCACAGGUGCUCUGCGAGAGACUUCCCGGAUCUCCAGUCGGCACCAGUGCUGCACCUGCUGCAUCCCUCAUGGGGCUGGCAGGGGCGAGCUGGGAGUGGGGCUGAGGGCGGUUUCUUGACCGCAGCUCUGCAGCUAGAACUUUUGUGUCUAGAAUUAGCUGGAAAAGCCUGAAGAGAGAAGGGAAGACAGGUCAGUGACACACAGCAGAGAGUGCCAAACAGGAGCGGUGCUGGCCGGGGCAGCACCGCCUGAAUGUACAAAGUAGUCUUUUUAAAAGAAAUGUUGAAUCAUGCUAAUAAUAUCAUGGUACAAAGCGAAGACUGGCUUGUGCCCACCUCCAGCAGGAGCCAGGCCUCCCCACAUGCAGUCCGCAGCUCCUGGCCUCAGUCCUUGCCCUGGGAAAACAACUCCGUCCAUGACUUCACUCCUGUUGGUGCUGCUAUAAUUUAAAGAGACAAUGGCCUUCCGCUGUUCUCCACCCAGGCUGCUGGUGGGAGCUGAGCAUGGGUUUAUUUUUCUGCACUUUCCUUGCUUCCUGCAUAGGCGCUGGAGCUGCCAUUUAUCCAGCUGCAUUUUCCACAAGCUGUUUGCCCCACCCUGGCUCUGCCUUGACCCUGAGCUGGAGCCAGGAGCCAACUGCCUCCUCGGCCUUGUGUCCUGGAGGAGUGGCAGACAGGACCCUGCCUGGUGCUGAGGGGCGUUCGGCCCUCGAGCUGAGCCGGCCAGGCAGCACGCCAUGGGCAGGUGCAUCUCUGUGUUCAGUGGUACCAGGGUUUCUCAACAGUGUCAGACUUUAUCUUUAUGUGGGGAGAGGGAUAAUUUAUUUUGAGGGAGGUCAGCGUUCAUGUUGCGAUCCAAAGCUUCAGUGUUCAGCAGCAGACAGCUACAGCAGGGUUAAUUUUAUGUUCCACACCUGGUCUUGUUCCCUGCUAAUGACUCCUUGAUGAUGGACCCCCCUGGCAAGGGGCAGGGGAGCGACCUGACUGGAAACCUUCACUUCUCGUCCCCUUCCCAGGCAUUUCCUGGCUGCUCCCACGUGGCUGGGCCGCUGCUGUUGUCAGCGGGGUACAAGUGUGUCCGUGGCUUUGGCAGCGUGGCUUUGGCAGCGUGGCUUUGGCAUGCAGAAUUUGCACAUUGGGUUCUGUCCCUUCUGCACAGAAGGUGGCACUAGACCAAGCAAAGCAAGCGGCUGGGUGGGGCGGGAGCUGCCUCAGUUAUUCUGUGUCUGUGCAGAAGAGGGGGGCACUUGGGAGGGGACGGACGCUGAGCGAUGUAACUAACCUUUCCCUCCUGUACUGUAAUGUGAAUACAUCAGGCUGUGCUGUGCGGCAGCAUGUGCUCUGGAUCUGAGCCCCAGGGCAGAAAUGGACUGGCUACUGGUCCGGGAUAACCUGGCCCCACUCUUCUCCUCCUGCCAGCUGCACUUCUUGUGCUGCUUGAUUUGGGUGCUGGGGAGGAGGCCGUGCAGAGGUCACAAACCUGAGGCAGAGAAGGUGCCUUGAGGGUCCCUGUAAUUCGUUUCCAGAGGGGUCAGGGUCUUGCUCUGGAUUGCAGAGCGAGAACGCGGGUCCAGGAUGUGUAACUAACCCAGGACAAGGGGCACGUGGAGCAGACCAAAGCCUACAGCUCGUCUCCUGCUCCUCCAGCCUUUCCUGGGGCAGGGCCCGUAAACGUGGCGAGGGAGGUUUGCCAGCGCAGGACACGCUGCCUGGGUCAGAAGACAGAACCAGCAGUGGGCGAGUUGAGCUGUGUGAGGGGCUGGUGCAGUAGGCGCUGUCGCCUGCAGGGGGUAGAGGCGCUGCCUGACACAGGCCUGGUGAGACAUGGCCUGGGCUGCCCUUGGCAGGGCUGCCUGCUCAGAUCAGUGCAGGGGAAUGAGCCGUCUCCUUGCAGCUCCCAGUCUUGGACAGCACCUCGGCUUUGUGUCCGGGCCGCUCCCAGCGUGUAUUCUCUGAACAGCUUGCAGAGGCCUGGCCCUGCUCCAGUCCCUCAGAGACAAGGCAGCUGGGGGUCCUCCUGCUCCUCUCUGGAGGGUGGGUCUGUCUGUCUAAGCCUCCCUGCUUCCUCUUUUGCCUCUGGCUCUCAGUCCAUCGCUCCCCAUGCUGCUGCUCGGAGGGAGCUCGUUUGAAUAUUCUCCCGAGUUGUUUUUCCUGUUCCAUUCAGCCCAGGGAUUGUGUUUCAGUAAAUGUCACACGCAGAAGUUCACGCUACAUUUCCCAAUCGUCCAAAGCAACCCUGGUAGGUGGGGCAGAGUCCCCAGCCCAGCCCUCCUGCUCCCUCCGCCUGCCCUGCUCAGAGGGGCUCAGGGCACCUCCAGGUGCAUCCUCCCUCCGCAUGUGCUACAGCAGAGUGGGAAGUGCUCACCCCGGGAGCUUGGGAGGUUUGUCCACGUGCUCUCCAGGCCGGACCAGACUCACUUCCCUCCCUCUUGUCACGUCAGUGCCAUUGUUGUUACCUUUGCGGUAGGGCAGGACCCACCAGCCGGGGCGUGCAGGUGCAGAGAGCUGGCUCAGGGCCUGCAGUGGGCACUGUUGGCCAGCCAGCCGCAGGAGCUGCUUUCCUCACACCUGUGCCAGGCAGGGGGCAGUGGAGCAGAGGAGAGGGACUGCUUGUAUUACACAACAGCCAUGCGUGCUGGACCCCUUCCCUCCCGCAGCGAUUGUCUGACUUCCUGUAUUACACCAGCCAUAGCACAUCCCCUGACCAAUUCCUGCUGCAACCAGGGCAGCCCUUAGCAAAACGUCCCCUCUAGAUGUGCAAGUUGCCAGGCCAGGGAGGCGAGGAAGGGAAGUGACUUCGGCUCACCCUGUUCUUCAGCUGGGUCACCUGCACAGCGCCUGCUAUUGAUCCUUCUCAGAGCGGUGAUCAGUCCCCCGAGACCUCUCCUGCCCUGGACUGAGUAUAGCGACGCUGGCCCCUGAUCCUUUCGGUGCCGGAGCAAACCAGCCGCAGCCCCGGUGUGUGUGCCAGGAAGUUGCCCCUCGGCGUGGUUCUAGGUGGGUUUUGUGAGCGAUGCUCGUGCAUGCCCGUCCUGCCACCUCCAGAUCCCUUGAUCCUUAACAGGUGCAGACACUGGCAGACUGUAGCCCUGCCAGCCUGCCCUGCUCCCGCCCAAGCACUGCAGCUACGGUGCUGCUGAUUCAGAUCAGCGUAGUGCUGAGCAGCCCCAGUCACGGGCCAGGGCUCCGUUAUGGUAGGUGCUGGACAAAACGAAUAGAAGGACAAUCCCUGCCCCGAUCUAAGUUAAGCCAAGAGACAAUGGAUGGAUAUGGACAGACAAGGGAGCACGAGGAAACAGUGGGACAUGGGUCAGCAUGAGCGGCCCUGGGCUCAGCACACCCCCCAUAACCGUUGUCAGGUUGCUUGUUGAUGUCACAGCAAAGGAGCGUUUUAAGGGGGACUUUGCCCAUGCUCGUCGCCACAGGAGUGAGCGUUAUGCCAGGGCUAUCCCCAUACAGGCCUGUGCCCACUGUCCCUGCGACAGUCAGGACUAAGGGGUUUCUUCUCCUGUCCUCUACCCUCUGCUGUGCUGCCAGCUUGCUGGUUCCCAUGCGUCCGAGUCCAAGGUCCCUUUGCUCUGUUCUCACCAUGGCUGGAGCUGGCUGUGCGCAGUACCGGUGCAGUGCGAUGCUCGGGAGGGCCAGCGGCAUGGAGCUGGGUGCUGCAUGAAGCAUUUCGAGUCAGACUGGCCCUUUGAGCUCCUGGCCAUGUGCUCUGUGACCCAUCUGUCUGUCAAGGUGGCCUUUCUGAUAGCUAGAACAUCAGCCAGAAGAGUCAGUGACCUGGGAGCACUUACAGCGGGUCCACCAUGUACUACCUUCUAUAAAGAAAAGGUCAGAUUCAUAUCCAAGGUAGUUUCAUGAGAGCCAAGUCAUCAUACUUUUUCCUAAACUACAUGCCUUGGAAUAGGAGAGAUCUCUGCAGCCUCUGGACUUCCCGAGGGCUUGGCUUUUUAUCUGCAAAGAACAAUGGAUGUUAGAAAGGCACCUAAGCGAUUUGUUUCCAUAGCAAAGUGAUCAAGAGGUCAACCUAUAUCAGUGCAGAGACAUUUGAAAUGGACCUUGGGUUAUAUUGCAUUUUGUUAUAGAAUCAUAGACUAUCAGGGUUGGAAGGGACCUCAGGAGGUAUCUAGUCCAACCCGCUGCUCAAAGCAGGACCAAUCCCCAGACAGAUUUUUGCCCCAGAUCCCUAAAUCCCUCAAGGAUUGAACUCACACCCCCUGGGUUUAGCAGGCCAAUGCUCAGACCACUGAGCGAUCUAUUAGCUGGCAGCGCCCUGGCAGGGAUAAAAGGGCAGGCUACUUCAGCUGCAGCCCUGAGAGACGUACCCAUCUUUGAGGUAUGUAGGGCAGUGACUUGGAGCUCUUUGUAGGCCUUCAUGAGACAUGACACCCUGGAACACUCAGCAGCUGUGGAUACGGCUGCGGGGACAGCCCUACUGCAGGCGGCUAUCACCCACCAUCUGUUUGACUACUGCUUGUUCAUCUUCCAUGCAUGGAAUACAAUAGGGACCAUCGCUCGAAGAAGAGGAGGCUACUUACCAGCAACUGGAGGUUCUUCAAGACGUGUGGUCCCUGUCUGUAUUCCACUGCCUGCCCUUUGUUCCCUCUGCUGUGUAAUCAUUACACUGCAGCGAGAACGGGCAGCCUACGUGCCCUUUAUGCCCUCGGCUGGGAGCAGAGCAGAACUACAGCACAUGUGCCGGCCAACGGACGCUGCUUGCAAGAAAUUCCAGCAUCAGGCGCGUGGUGUGCAUGCGUAUCCCAGGCAUGGAAUACAGAGAGGGGCCACACAUCUUGAAGAGCCUCCAGGUACAGACGAGUAACCUUCAUGGAUUUGCUGAGCUCUCGUCUGUGCCCAGGGUAGAUGUGAUGGGCGGGAGGCACAGUUUGCCCUGUCCUGUCUCUGCAUUUCCCUUCUCAUUGCUGCUCACCAGCUUCCUCUGUGACAUCUUGAGACUCCCAUCUCUUGUGAGAUGCUGUCAGAGACCCCCCCACACACACACUUGUGACCUUCCCACCUCAAUGCAGGUGCUGGGAGGGGAAGGGAAGUGCAGAGAUGGGACAUGGCACCAAAGGGGGUUGGGUAAAGGUCUGUUAAUUGGCAUUUACCCAACUGUGAUGGGAGCUCUUAACUGACAUGCUGGCCAGGUGCUCAGGGAAGCCACCGAGAAAGAGAUAGGGCCAAUGAAUGAUUUAGUUGGGUCUGGUCCUGCUCUGAGCAGGGGGUGGGACUAGAUGAUCUCCUGAGGUCUCUUCCCACCCUGAUAGUCUAUGAGCCUAUGACUGCUUCACAACGCCUGUGAACGAGAGCAGAACCAGCCAGAACCCAGUAUUCACUAUGCACAGCCUGCAUGAAAGCCAGCGGUACAAUCCGAGACACUUCCUGUGGUAUGAGUGAGCCCCAGGCCCUGACCCUGACCCCUCGAUUGUCCCACGCUGCGGUUGCUCACGCCAAAGGCUCGGUGGGUCUUUGUAUUUUACCCAGGUGAAGUAUUCGAGCUCGUGGAGUUUUUAAAAUAGUUUUAGUUUCUAUUUUUUGAAUUUCCCCUGUAGGCACAGAGGCCUCGCAGGGAGGGCAGAACUUUUGUGGGCUUCUCCAUGGCUUGUGUCACAUCAAUUCAGUCAUAUCCCAGAAGCAAUAAAACUAUCAAACUAGCCCGGUUGGUCUCUUCAUUCUGCUCGUUGGUCUCCCUCCCGCCCUCUCCUAGAGGAGGUGUUGGGGGGGACUUGCCUGCUGUUUGCCUGUAUCUCUCUACAGGUGUCACCCCUGCAUGUUCAUUAACCCUUAAAGACCUGCAUGAAAAGGUGACUAUAGGACACUGCUCCAAGAGUGCAGCUCACUCCUCACCUGCUCUCCCGGAUUCCGCGCCUGCUUGUCAUUGGCAUUGCAUGGAGAGACCAGGGCGUUCCCCUGCAGCACCAGCACACUUGGAACACGAAGGAAAUACAAACUGUC